AUGAGCGGCCUUCACCGUGAUGGACAUGUUGCUGUCGACGUAGCAAGUCCUGUUCCAGUCAACCAUGGGGUUGUUCCAAGAUGUAUUGAGAGACUAUUUGCCGAGCUUGAGCGCGAGAAUCGAGGCUCCGUUGGGACAUCUUUCGGCGUCUACUGCUCUUUCAUCGAGAUUUACAACGAGAAAAUAUUCGACAUUCUCUCACCAGAAGAAAUACCGGUGAACGGGAAUCAUUCACCGGAUGGUAAGGCUGCGGCAACAAAAGGGUCAACAUUGCAGCGAGUUCGCUGGAACAGCUCGGUCAGCGCGAAGGAUGCGAAAAGCCUCCAAAUCCGACAAAAGCUGGAUGGAUCAGUGUUUGUGGACGGCAUGACGUCGCGCAAUGUUACCAAUAAAGUAGAAUUACUGCAAGCGUUUCGAGAGGGCUCGCAACACCGAGAAGUCCGAGAUAACCUUUACAACCAAAUCAGCAGUCGAGGACACGCCGUGUUUCAAAUCACGCUUCGCAGGACCCUUGUUGAAGAUGGUUCCAGUAAGAUGAAUGCCAAGAAGACUCGUCUCUCGAGACUCUUUUUCGUGGAUCUAGCAGGGUCCGAGAAAUGGCACGUGAACGGAAGUGAUCUAACUGACAAGUAUGCAACCGAGCUAGCUUCAAUCAACAAGAGUUUAUCUGCGCUGACCAACUGCGUGAUGGCCCUCACGCAGAAAGAACGGUCUCACGUCCCGUAUCGAGACUCGGUUUUGACGCGCUUACUCCAACCUUGUCUACAGGGAGCAGGACGAACUGCAUUUAUCGUUACAAUCAGCCCAUCGAAAGCAUGUUUGGAGGAAUCUUUCGCCACCUUACGGUUUGCUGAGCGGCUCAAAGCUAUUCGUUGCCGUCCCGUUCGACGCAGCUUGUUCAGUAACGAAAUGCUGGGAGAGCAGCGACUAUACUACGAGCGUCAAAUUCAAGCCAUGCGUGUGGAGGUCAAUCGUUUGCGAGAACUGCUACGAAGGGCAAACCAGAGACCUAACGAAGCUGCUGGAAGCUCCUCGAAUGCCGCGUUAGUGGAAGAAAAUCGACGUCUUAAGGGGCUACUUCUGCAGACAGAGCGGUCACGUGGUGUUGAGAGAAAAACGGGUGAUCAACCGCGAGAUCAACUUACAACUCUUGAGAAUCAACUUCAAUCGAAGGAGGCUCGUCUCAACUGGAUGCUCGAGGCGGAGAUGGAAGCUCAAAACGCUGCGCGACCAACAGUUACUAGAUCCUGGGCUGUUGAAACAAGGCUGCGUCGGCAACUGGUAGCGAUUCCACCACCUUUACGCGAUAUGCAACCUGAUCCGGGGAGUAAAGCUCGAGGAGAAGCCCUGGUGAAGGCUUCAUCGAUUCUAAAAAUGGUCGGGUCUGGCUCAAGUAAUGCCUCUGGUAAAACUCGCGACGAGCUCAUCGAGGAGUACAAGCGUGCACGUCGUGUGGAACUGGAGGCGAUGAUGCGAACGAUGGUGCGAAAAUGA